AUGUCCAGGCCACAGGCCCCAGACCAGACUCAGGCUCGGCAUCCUCGUCCGCCCGGAAAGCACGUCGAGUCAAGGCUGCGAGGAGCUAAUGCUCGCAUUCGGCAUCUGGAGGCUUCCAUCAGGAACCCUGAUCACCACCACGAGCACGCCAACGCCGGAUCCCCUAGUCGAGGAGCCCAGGCCGGCCCGGAGCCGGCCUGUACUCCGCGCACGAAUGCUACAUCAGCCCGAAGUCAGGGCCAGUCCAACGACGGGAGUCGGCUUGCCGCCGGUGCCAACCCGGACUCGGAAGGCUAA